AUGUUUCAUAUCUUUGCAGCUCAAGUGAAAGGAUUCUUAGGUGGUUGUAGACCUAUCAUAGGAAUAAAUGGUGCACAUUUAAGUGGGUAUUACAAAGGGGUUAUGCUCACUGCAGUUGCAAUAGAUGAGAAUAAUGAGAUCUUUGUGUUACCCUAUGGGAUUGUUGACACAGAGAGCAUAGAUUCAUGGACUUAUUUUUUCAGAAACUUGAGGUGCUUGUUUGCUCAGUAUGAAUCUCAGAAGGAUGACUGGACUUUUAUCAGUGACAGGAUGAGGGGGGUUGAAUCAGCAUUGUUUGAGGUGUUCCCAAGAGCUACAAGGAGAAUAUGCUGCCAGCAUUUGUACUCAAAUUGCAAGGCUGCAGGAUGGAGUGGGGCAGCAUUUCAUAAGAUGUUUUGGAUUGCGGCAAAUGCCUACAAUGAGUACGUUUUUGAAAAAACUAUGUCCAAGAUAAAAGAUUUUGAUGCAGCAGCAUAUGACUAUCUCAAAAAUGUAGAAGAGCAGUGGAGUGUGCACAUGUUUAACAGGACAGUUUGUUGUGAUCAUAACACAACAAACUUCGUGGAGUCAUUCAAUGCAAUAACAAAGGCCAACAGGGAUAUGCCUGUGUUGACAUUGCUGGAAGAUGUCAGGAAUUGGUGCAUGAAAAGGAUGGGUUCCAGGUUCGAUAAAGCAGUAAGCAUGGAACCUAAUGAUCUAACAGAGCAUGCAAAGGGGGUGCUGGCGACUAGGACUGAUGAUUCUAGGUUCUGCCAUGUCACUGCAGCUGGUGAUGGAGAGUUUGAGGUGAGGGAUGACCAUGUCAAGUUCCCUGUCACCCUUGGAAAUAUGACUUGUGGGUGUGGGAAAUGGCAAGGAUCAGGGAUCCCUUGCAAGCAUGGGCUAAGGGUCAUUUACAACCAGAGACUUGAUCCUAGGGACUUUGUAUCACCUUUCUACAAGGGGCCUGCUUACAAACUCACUUAUGGAGACCACAUCCACCCCAUGGCUGAUCCAACUCACUGGCCUUCACUAGAUGUGCCAGAAAUUGCACCACCCCAAGGGAAAAGAAAUGCUGGCAGACCACCUAAGCAAAGGAGAAGAGCUGCUCAUGAGGCAAAAAAAGGAAAGAGGCAUAAGAAUAACAAAUGCAGCCUAUGCAAAGAACUAGGCCACAAUGCAGUGACAUGCAAGGCAAAAAAGGCAUCAUCAAAGAAGACAACACAUGCAGCUUCCUCUUCACAGCAAGGCAACACUAGGGGGAAGAGAAAGGCUGCUACUUAGCAUUGUUUAGUGUCAUUUUUUUGGUGAACAUUGUUUAUUGUCAAGUUGUAUUUGAACAUGUUAACUACUUGGUUUGUAUGACACUUCUUUUGUUUAUCAUAAUUCCAAUGGGUAUAUUUUAAAAAAAUAUGGUAUUUGAUGAAAAUAAAAAAAGUAAAUGGUAUAUGGUGAAUUAUUAAUUUACCACAAACGGCACACUAACGGCAGUUGUCAUUAAUGGUAUUCUGUGCUAACGGACGUAAACUCAAUGGUAUAUGAUGAAUUAGAAAAUUUCGUGUGGUAUAUGGUGAAUUUCGAAGAAACUCAGUGGUAUAUCAUGAAAUAUCCGUUAGUUUUAUGAUGUCAAUAGAGUAGCCUUUGCACAAAUUUGGAAUUUAGAAAUGUAUCAAUUUGUGCACUUACAAUAUCUA